CAAAAAGAACAUAUCUUUUGCCUUUUACCAAAGAUAUCCGUUUGUAGCGCCGAUCAUGCCAUUCACUCAAUAUUUGGAAACCCUUCUUCUUGUCUCCUCACGGCGACUUGAUCACUUCUUUCCCUCUUUUCUUUUUCGAGUAUUCUGCAUCUCAAGACAGUGUACGCGUAAAAGAACACUGGGAGGAUGUUUAUCAUAGUUUGUAUAGUCAAUCAUGUCAAUGCCUCUCUACCGCUGCUUCGUGUAAGAAACCGUAGAAUGUGUUGACAAGGCAAACUGUAUCCAUCAAGCCAGACGACAUAUGCAAUACGCGUGCUGCCGAUGGACUCGACGAUAGAGCAACAGCGUAAUCUUCACGAAGAGCUCGAACGCCUUGAACAAGCCAUCUGCGAUCGUCUUCUCUAUCAACCACGCACCAUCAAGGACCAACUGCAACUCGACCAUGAAGUCGCCGAUUUCCUGCAACUCAUUCAAGUGCGUUCACAUACGCUCAAGGCGCUCUACGAUGAUACGGAUGGUGCGCGGUCAAGAGAGGUCGCGCGAUUGAGUGUCUCCAAGCAAGCAGCGACACAACCAGGUGCAGGCCUGGAAGGGUUUUAUGAGCAGUAUGCACAAUUGAAGGAAUACCACAAGCGCUACCCAAACGAACCCGUCGAAGACCUCGCCGCGCUCUAUGCAAUCAAACUUCCCGACGCUGAAGACGAAGCAGACGGCGCAGAAGACCGGAUAUCACGGCUCUUCAGCGGUGAAGAGGGAUUCGGUCGUUUCUUUGACUUGAACACCUUGCAUGCACAGUUUUGCAAUCUCAAGCGCAAUCGACCUGUUUCUUAUACGCGUUACUUGGAGACGUUUGAUGAUUUUGAGGCAUUCCCUGCAGCGGUGAAGCAGGAUCCUACGUACCCGGCGUACUUGGCAGCGUUGCUAGGCUAUCUCAUUUCAUUCUAUCGACGGGCCGUGCCAUUGGAUGUGCAUGAGCAGGUUCUUGGAGAGAUGGAAAAGGCCUUUGACGAAGCACGCAAGGAAAGCCAUGUGAAUGGCAGUCUGCAACCAACACAACCUGCUGCAGAAGAAGGCAUCUGGUGUGAGAUUUGUCAGAAGCGGUAUGCCAAACAAACAGUGUAUGAUGGUCAUCUCAAGUCCAAGAAGCAUCAAGCUGGGCUUGCCAAGCAGGGCAAGAUGGUUGAUACAACAGCAACAGGCGACAGUAUACCAGGCAUGUAUGAUGAUACCAAGACGGCUGUUGCGAAACGCGAGUACCUGAUUCAUGAGCUUGCCGUGAAGUUUAGCAGCAACAAGCAAGCGACACGCGCAAACGUUGUACGGAAACAAACACUCACAGAUCGGGAAUGGGUACAAGAGCAGGAGCAAGCUCUGUACGCGCCGCUUGCAGCACGCCAGCACGUUGGCGCCGAUGGGACGAUGCAAGAGGUUGAUGAAACAGAAGAUGCUGGGGAAAAGUUUUAUAACCCACUCAAGCUACCGCUUGGAUGGGAUGGUAAGCCGAUUCCAUUUUGGCUAUGGCGAUUACAUGGGUUGGGUGUUGAGUACAGUUGUGAGAUUUGUGGCAAUCACACGUAUGCUGGACGCCGCGCGUUUGACAAGCAUUUCAAUGAAGCACGGCACUUGCAUGGUCUGCGGUGUUUGGGUAUUGAGAAUGGAGGAUUGCUGUAUGACCAGAUUACGCAGAUUCAGGAUGCGUUGAACUUGGCACAGCGGCUGGAGGAGGUGCGUGACGCUGAGCGGAAGAAGAUGGAUGCUGCGGUUGAGAUGGAGGAUGAGAGUGGCAAUGUGAUGAGCGAGAAGGUGUACAAGGAUCUGGUUGCACAGGGGAUUUUGUAACCAGAUGCUGUCGCCUACUGCCUGUUGCCUUGGAGAUAUAAUAUAUUUGUUAGGAAUUCAAGUGCAUCCCCUGAUCACUUGCUUCCGCUGUUAUCUCUCUGCCACGUCAGCACUCAUG